AUAUUCGCAGGGGCGUGAGCGGCGGCGGAGGCUCCGCCGGGCGGCCGCCCUCCUAGGUCGCCACCGCAUUCUACUCGCGCCAUGGCGGGGUGGGAGAAGAGGAGGGGUGCGGCGCCGCUCGAAGGCGACGAGCAUCGGUUGCGGCGGAGGCAGGAGGAGGCGGCGCUCCUCCUCCGCAGGAUCAGAGGGCUCGUGCGCUGGGUCGUCGAGGAGGUUGCCGUCGGCCGCUCCCCGUCCAUCGUGCUCCACCGGUACCGGAACUACUGCUCGGCCGCCGACGCUGCGUCCCCGUCCCCAUGUGCCUGCAGCUACGACGCCCCCGUCGGCACGGACGUCCUCUCCCUGCUCCACAAGGACUGCCACACUUCCCGCCUCAAUGUGCUCCUGAGGGUGCUGCUCGUGGUGCAGCAGCUCCUGCAGCAGAACAAGCACUGCUCCAAGAGGGACAUCUACUAUAUGUACCCCUCCAUUUUCGUAGAAGUAGCUGUUGUUGACCACGCCAUCAAUGAUAUCUGCAUACUCUUCAAAUGCAGUCGGCACAAUCUCAAUGUGGUUCCUGUAGUGAAAGGUUUGGUGAUGGGUUGGAUAAGAUUCGUGGAGGGUGAAAAGAAAGUGUAUUGUAUAACAAACGUCAAUGCUGCUUUCUCCGUCCCUGUUAGCAUUGAGGCAAUCAAAGAUGUUGUUAGUGUUGCUCACUAUAUACUUGUAGUUGAGAAGGAGACAGUCCCGUUGCAGUGUUCCAGCGUUUGGCCAAUGACAAGUUCUGUGAAAGAAAUCGCUGCAUUGUUAUUACAGGAAGAGGCUACCCAGAUAUUCCAACAAGAAGGCAUGUGCUCUUUAUUGUCUACUCUUGUAAUUUCUGAAGACGCUAUUCCAGUUAUAAAUUCUUUUUCCCAUCCUAGAUUCCUACGAUACCUUGUUGAACAGCUGCAUCUACCUGCUUAUUGCUUAGUGGACUCAGAUCCUUAUGGUUUCGACAUUCUGGCCACAUAUAAAUUUGGUUCCUUGCAAUUGGCAUAUGAUGCAAACUUGCUGCGUGUACCUGAUAUACGGUGGCUAGGAGUUUUCACAUCUGACUUGGAGGAUUUUUGCCUUCCAGACUGUUGCCUGCUUCAUUUGUCACCUGAAGAUAGGAGGAAAGCUGAAGGUAUUCUUGCUAGGUGCUAUUUACACAAGGAAGCCCCAGAAUGGAGGUCAGAAUUGGAAGCAAUGUUACAAAAGGGUGUCAAGUUUGAGAUUGAGGCACUAUCUGCAAGCUCCAUUUCAUUUCUAUCCGAUAGAUACAUCCCCCAGAAGAUCAAACAAGGAAGGCAUUUAUAAGAUUGGACAUACUUGUACCCGUCCAGAAUGUGCCUGUCUUACAGAACAGGAUAUUCCUUUGUUUGACUAUAGUUAUGAACUUAUGUUGCCUGACUGUAGUUUAGUAUAGUAGUUACAUGUCUGGUCAUGUAAAUAAACAUAUCUUUUAUGUAGUUGCAUGUCUUUUAAGUUGACUAAAAUUAUUUAAAUCGAUGUGCUUAAAUUCUCGCAAAAAGCUGAUUUGUAUUACUGCAGUGGUGGUAACCCAUUAGAAGUGAA